GACUCGUCUGUGAGGACACGAGGGUCAGUGCGACCACAACUCACGCAUUCAUCUGGCCUUUGACGAGAAGUUCCCCUCAUCACCUUGUCGGACAGUGUGUUCGUUCAGUCGUUGCUUCUCUUUUUUUUCAAGAACUCUAACUGCAGGCUAACAUGACAACGAUUCUGUUGGCCUACAGCGCAGUGAAAUCUCUGAGACGAGGAUGCGUGUUUGGCAGGAGGCUGGGAAACACGUCGUCGUGGCUGAGACUUCAAAACACUCAACUUUUUAGUUUGAAGGCCCAGACGGCCCACCUGGUCCUGGAGGAUGGCACCCGGAUGAAGGGGUUUUCCUUUGGGAAGGAUGUCUCGGUAGCCGGGGAACUGGUCUUCAACACUGGCCUGGUGGGGUACCCCGAGGCCCUGACUGACCCCAGCUACAGAGGUCAGAUCCUGACCCUGACUUACCCAAUUGUAGGGAACUAUGGCGUACCCAACACCCAGGAGCUGGAUGAGCUGGGCCUGAGAAAGCAUGUGGAGUCCGAGCGCAUCCAGGUAUCUGGUCUUCUGGUUCAAGACUACAGCCACGAGUACAGCCACUGGAACUCUGUCAAGUCUCUGGGUCAGUGGCUCCAAGAAGAGAAGGUCCCUGCUCUGUUUGGGAUAGACACCAGAAUGUUGACCAAGGUUAUCAGAGACAAGGGCACAGUUUUGGGGAAGAUUGAAUUUGAUGGACAGCCUGUUGAGAUAUGUGACCCCAACAAGAAAAACCUGGUAGCAGAGGUUUCAACCAAGGAAACCAAAAUUUUCGGAAAAGGAAACCCAAUCAAAGUGGUGGCCGUUGAUUGUGGUAUUAAACACAACAUCAUUCGACUGUUGGUUAAGAGGGGUGCAGAGGUCCACCUUGUACCGUGGGACCAGGACCUGCUGAGUCUAGACUACCAUGGCCUGUUCAUUUCCAACGGACCCGGAGACCCAGCUCUGGCCAAGACACUCGUCGAGAAUGUCCGCAAGGUGUUGGAAAGUGAUCGUCCCCAGCCAGUGUUUGGAAUCUGUAUGGGAAAUCAAAUCACUGCUCUGGCGGCAGGAGCUACGUCAUACAAACUACCUAUGGGCAACAGGGGCCAGAACCAGCCUGUGCUGAAUGUGAUGACGGGCCAGGCUUUCAUUACGGCGCAGAACCACGGCUACGGAAUAGACAGCGCGUCCCUGCCCCCAGGCUGGAGCCCGCUGUUCGUUAACGCCAAUGACGGCACCAAUGAGGGCAUCAUGCACAACAGUAAGCCUGUUUUCACGGCUCAGUUCCACCCGGAGGCUAAAGGUGGCCCCACAGACACCGAGUUUCUCUUUGAUACCUUCAUAUCCUUGAUCAAGAAAGGCAAGGAAGCCAACCUGGUGUCCGUCAUGCCCAAGAAACCGGACAUACCACCGAGAGCCCAGGUGUCAAAGGUGCUGGUGCUGGGUUCUGGGGGUCUUUCUAUCGGUCAGGCUGGAGAGUUUGACUACUCUGGAUCUCAGGCCAUCAAAGCCAUGAAGGAGGAGAAUCUGAAGACGGUGCUCAUGAACCCAAACAUAGCCUCUGUUCAGACCAACGAGGUGGGCACCAAACAGGCUGACUCGGUCUACUUCCUGCCUGUCACGCCGCACUUUGUAACUGAAGUCAUCAAGACCGAGCGUCCGGAUGGCAUCCUGCUCUCUAUGGGCGGACAGACUGCGCUCAACUGUGGAGUGGAACUGUUCCAGCGUGGCAUCCUGGAGAAGUAUGGGGUGAAGGUCCUUGGAACCCCGGUGGAGUCCAUCAUGGCCACAGAGGACAGACAGCUGUUUGCUGACAAACUGAUGGAGAUCAAUGAGAAGAUUGCACCCAGUUUCGCUGUUAAGUCGGUGUCUGAUGCCUUGAAAGCAGCAGAGCAGAUUGGCUACCCAGUGAUGUUACGGUCGGCCUAUGCCCUGGGAGGUCUGGGUUCUGGUCUGUGCGCCAACAAAGAAAUGCUCGAGGAAACCGCCCACAUGGCUCUGGCCAUGAGCAGUCAGAUCCUUGUGGAGAAGUCUUUGCUGGGCUGGAAGGAGGUGGAAUAUGAGGUGGUGAGAGACGUGGCUGAUAACUGUGUCACCGUCUGCAACAUGGAGAACUUUGACCCACUGGGCAUUCACACAGGUGACUCCAUAGUGGUGGCACCGAGCCAGACGCUGUCCAACGAGGAGUACCACAUGCUCCGAGAGACGGCCAUCAAAGUGGUCCGUCACCUUGGCAUUGUGGGAGAAUGCAACAUCCAGUAUGCCCUGCACCCGUCAUCCUUGGAGUACUGCAUUAUUGAGGUUAACGCCCGGCUCUCCAGAAGCUCAGCUCUGGCGUCCAAAGCCACUGGGUACCCCUUAGCGUUUGUAGCUGCUAAGCUGGCUCUGGGAAUCCCCCUACCAGAGAUCGAGAACGCUGUGUCAGAGAAGACCACUGCCUGCUUUGAACCCAGUCUAGACUACAUCGUCACCAAGAUCCCCCGCUGGGACCUGGACCGCUUUCAGGGCAUGUCCCUAGAAAUAGGCAGUGCCAUGAAGAGUGUUGGGGAGGUGAUGGCAGUGGGCCGGACCUUUGAGGAGAGUGUGCAGAAGGCCCUGAGGAUGUGUCAUCCAUCAGUGGAUGGCUUUGUUCCCCGGCUGCCACUCAAGAAAGCCUGGGCUGACACCCAGGACUUGCAGCAGGAGCUUGCUGUUCCCUCCAGCACCCGCAUCUUCUCCCUCGCCAAGGCCCUCCACAGUGGGAUGAGUGUGGAUCAGAUCCACCAGCUGACGGCCAUUGACAAGUUGUUCAUCCACAAACUCCGCAGGAUAACACAGCUGGAGCAGCACCUCGCCAACUUCACGAGCGUCACUGUACCCAAAGACCUUCUGCUGCAGGCAAAGCAGGACGGCUUCUCCGACCGGCAGGUUGGACAGAUCCUUGGCUCCAGUGAAAGAGCAGCCAGGGAGCUGAGGCACGCUCAUGGAAUCAGACCUUGGGUCAAACAGAUUGACACCCUGGCAGCGGAGUACCCAGCUAUGACCAACUACCUGUAUUGUACCUAUCAUGGUCAGGAGCACGAUCUGGACUUUAAAGACCAGGGAAUUAUGGUUCUUGGUUGUGGGCCCUACCACAUUGGGAGCAGUGUUGAGUUUGACUGGUGUGCAGUGUCCAGCAUCAGAGCCCUGAGAAAGAUGGGAAAGAGGACGGUGGUGGUGAACCACAACCCCGAGACAGUCAGCACUGACUUUGACGAAUGUGACCGCCUUUAUUUUGAAGAGCUGACCCUGGAACGCGUCUUGGACAUCAACGAGCAAGAGGGUUGCUCUGGCAUCAUCGUGUCAGUGGGAGGCCAAAUCCCCAACAAUCUGGCUGUCCCGUUGCACCUGAAUGGGGUGAACAUUCUUGGGACGAGCCCCCUGCAGAUUGACCGGGCUGAGGAGCGCUCCGUCUUCUCCAGAGUCCUAGAUGACCUUGGGGUGGCCCAAGCCCCAUGGAGGGCCCUUAGUUCCCUGGAAGAUGCCUUUGCAUUCGCCAACCAGGUGGGCUAUCCCUGUCUACUCCGCCCCUCCUAUGUCCUCAGUGGCUCUGCAAUGAACGUUGUGUACGGCGAAGAGGAGAUGAAACGUUUCUUGGAGGAGGCCACGCAGGUGUCCCAGGAGCAUCCAGUGGUCAUCACCAAGUUCAUCCGUGGUGCCAGGGAGGUGGAGGUGGAUGCCGUGGCCAAGGCUGGCAAGGUUCUGGCCCAUGCCAUAACAGAGCACGUGGAGGACGCUGGGGUACACUCAGGAGAUGCCACCCUAAUGCUGCCAACCCAGAGCAUUAGCCAGGGGGCGCUGGAAAAGGUGAAGACUGCCACCCGCAAAAUUGCCAAGGCAUUUGAAAUUUCUGGGCCCUUUAACACCCAAUUUCUGGUCAAAGGCAAUGAUGUCAUGGUCAUAGAGUGUAAUCUGCGGGCGUCACGCUCCUUCCCUUUUGUAUCAAAAACAAUCGGCGUGGACUUUAUCAAUGUGGCAACCAAAGUGAUGGUGGGAGAGCCUCUGGAUGAGGCCAGCCUGCCCUCUCUGGAGAAUCCCAUCAUUCCUGAAGACUACGUGGGCAUCAAGGCGCCCAUGUUCUCCUGGCCACGGCUGAGGGAUGCAGACCCAGUGCUCCGCUGUGAGAUGGCCUCCACCGGAGAAGUAGCUUGUUUUGGACCAAACAUUUAUUCAGCCUUCCUGAAAGCGAUGCUCUCCACAGGCUUUAAGCUGCCACAGAAGGGCAUCCUGAUUGGCAUUCAGCAAUCGUUCCGACCCAAUUUCCUGGCCACAGCACACCAACUGAAAGAGGAAGGCUUCAAACUCUAUGCUACCGAAGCUACCUCUGCCUGGCUGUGCGCCAACGACGUGCCUGCCACUCCGGUCGCCUGGCCAUCGGGGAGGAAGGGAGGAGACACCAGUUUGCCUAGUAUUAAAAGACUGAUAAACGAGGGUCACAUCGACCUUGUGGUCAACUUGCCCAACAACAACAGUCGCCAGCUGAAGGAUAACUUUGUCAUCCGCAGAAUGGCCAUCGACCAUGGCGUUCCCCUCAUCACCAACUACCAGGUGGUGAAGCUGUUUGCAGAAGCGAUUCACCACGCAGGUGAGCUCGACACGACCAGCCUCUUUCACUACCGGCAGAAAGAAAGCCAACAGAGAGCUGCGAGCCCGAAGAGCUAGAGCUUCCUCAUUUUGUCCUUCACACUCAUUUGGGGGUCACUUUUGUAAUUCAGCAAUAUUAAGCGGGAGCAACAUUUUAUGAAAUAAUUUUUCGAAAUUCCUUGUAUCUGUUUACCAGUCCACAUGUCUAGGUGUUGUUUUAGUUAGUUCAGUGGCAGGAGUUUGUAGUCCUUUGGGACUUGUCAUAGCCUGUGCAUCAAGAGGGACAGCUGCCCUAAAGUGAAGGCAAAUCAUCUUGAUUGCCCUCUGGUGGCCGGCUGCAGUAUAGGUUAUAGACCCACCCUCCUCCAUGUUGCUGGAUGGGACCUGGGCCAAACUCAAAAGUCAAAGUUCCCGUCGAAUGCUUUUUUUACUCAAGGAAGGUUUAUAGGUAGUUUUAGGUAUUUCUCCAGGUAGUUUGGUUUUAUUUAGUUAUGUGAUGACAUGCAAAUGGGGUGAAACGUCACGAUUGACAGCUGAGACGGACUCACGGCUCCGCGCCAAGAUCACCCUUGCACGUCCUCUGACUCCCAAUGACGUCACAAUUGUAAGAGUGUGGCAACCGUAUCCAGGAUGUUUGAGCUUCAUUUUUGUAAAGUGAGAGGAAGUGGAGACACGCCGUUCAUCUUUAUAUGCAGUCUUAUAGAGUAACUUAGACCAAAACGUAACCGUAAUAGUUAGCGAUGUUGACUACACCAGCCCUCAUGACAAAUUUCACACCAAUAUCUACUGUGAUAAUGUACCUGCUACAAGGGAAUGUGCGUUAUAACUAGUAAUAGAAAAGUAUUUUACUGUUAGUCAGUAAUUCAAUCAUGCCAGUCUACUUGGUGUUUGUCCUCAAGCAGGACACCUAGUUAUAAUAUUAUUAAUAAAGAAAGGCUUCUAAAAUGGAUUGUGGACCAGAUGGUCUGCAGAUCUGUCCUUACAUAUCAUCGUCAAACAGGUGUCAUGGCGCAGGGGGAUAAACAUUAGCCAAAGAGAUGUUAAAUACGUGGCAGUCCAAAAGUUCUUAUUAAUGGCUUAUAAGUGAGAUAUAGAACAUUUAAUGAAUUCAUUAUUAGUUUAUGUUACUGUAAAAAGCUCUCAUAAAAGGUGAGGUAUCAUAAAGUCAUACCAGGAGGGUAUUUACACUGCCUCUAGUUCAGUGUUGCUCAUUUGUUUUUUUGGUUUUGUUUUCAUGAUUAAUGGACCUAUGUGAAUUUGCAAUUUGACUUUGCAAUGACAGUUUUCAACUUGUCAGCUCUCCCUGAGUUCAUUUUAAUACCAAUGGUAUUGGUAAAUUCUUCAGGUUCAUAUAGUUUUGAUAUUUAGUUAAAAUGUUAUAUAGUAAACAUGUUCUGUAUGAAUAACUUUUUAGGAUGUAGAUAAGGUAGUUGUAAUCAAUGUAGUCAUUUUCUUUUACUUCAUUUUUUCAUUUUUUCAAGAGCUUGAGCCUAAUUUUUAAAGUUUUGUAAGUUGAUGAAAAAUGAGCUGUUCAUUUACUUUACAUACAUAUAUAAGGACGUUUCAAAGAGAGUCACUUCAUGAACCUUUUUCCGCAUUUUUGAAAGAUCACAGACAUUUUUGUUUUCCAUUAAUUGGCAGCCCACCACAUUUUUCCAUAAAUUUUCUUUAAACUAAUUUUGAGAAUCACUCAGUACAUUUAACUUUGAACAGAAAUAAUUCAACCACUUUUACAUUCUGCUGUUUUGUUGAUGUACAGUAUAUGCUUUGUACAAAUCCACUGAAACACAAUGAAGUCCGCUCUCACAUGA